AGCCAGUUCUGUACCUGCUCCCCCAGCUCCUCUCUGAGUGACACGCCACCCACGCCUCCCCGCACAGCUCUUCCUCCGCGGCUCCUGGAGGGGAGCUGAGGAGCUGCAGAGGGAGCCCGAGGCUCCCCUCGCCCGAACCCCGAGACCGGGAGGCUUCCAGACACUUGUCACCCAAAGGAGCCUGUGCCCAGAUCGUCCCCCCCCCUCGCGUCCCCGCGGCGCUGUGGGAGCGGGAGCCAGCUCUGCGCUGCGCUCCGGGCUGCGUCUGCCCGAGUGCGGCACGUGCCGCCGGCGCUGGGGGGAGAGCAGCAAGCGCCACCGCCUCGGGCCGCGCUCCCGCUGCCGCCGCCGCCGCCUCUGCCGCCGCUGCCACUAGCGCUCCGGCUGCAGCCGAGGCCGCUAACCGAGCGCAGGACGCCGCCCGCUGGAGCCGCUAGCCGGGGGGCGCAUCUGGUUUUGAAGAUCAUGAUCACGUGGAUUCAUCUAACUAAACGGUACCUGGGGACAUGGUGGUCCUUUAGAGAGCGCAUCUAAAUUACUGGCUAAUUUCUUGGUUUGCCAACUCAGCGUAGGACCUUGUUUGAUUCUCUCUAUCAGAACUCUCCUAAGUUUUCCCCACCAUGCUGUCUUUAUUAGCUUGAACUCCUUUCCUAAAAUGGUCCUUCUGUUGAUCUUGUCAGUGCUGCUUUUGAAAGAAGAUGUCCGUGGGAGUGCACAGUCUAGCGAGAGGAGGGUGGUGGCUCAUAUGCCGGGUGACAUCAUUAUUGGAGCUCUGUUUUCUGUCCACCACCAGCCCACUGUGGACAAAGUUCACGAGAGGAAGUGUGGGGCAGUCCGCGAACAGUAUGGCAUUCAGAGAGUGGAAGCCAUGCUGCACACCCUGGAAAGGAUCAACGCAGACCCUACCCUCCUGCCCAACAUCACCCUGGGCUGUGAGAUAAGGGAUUCCUGCUGGCACUCGGCUGUGGCCCUAGAACAGAGCAUUGAGUUCAUAAGGGACUCCCUCAUUUCCUCAGAAGAAGAAGAAGGGCUGGUGCGCUGUGUGGAUGGCUCUUCCUCCUUCCGAACCAAGAAGCCCAUAGUAGGGGUCAUUGGGCCUGGCUCCAGUUCUGUGGCGAUUCAGGUCCAGAACUUGCUCCAGCUUUUCAACAUACCUCAGAUUGCUUACUCGGCAACAAGCAUGGAUCUGAGUGACAAGACCCUGUUCAAGUACUUCAUGAGGGUUGUGCCUUCAGAUGCCCAGCAGGCUCGGGCCAUGGUGGACAUAGUGAAGAGGUACAACUGGACCUAUGUGUCAGCUGUGCACACGGAAGGCAACUACGGAGAAAGUGGAAUGGAAGCUUUCAAAGAUAUGUCAGCCAAGGAAGGAAUCUGCAUUGCUCACUCUUACAAAAUCUACAGCAACGCGGGGGAGCAGAGUUUCGAUAAGCUGCUGAAGAAGCUCAGGAGUCACUUGCCCAAGGCCCGGGUUGUAGCCUGCUUCUGUGAGGGCAUGACCGUGCGAGGACUGCUGAUGGCUAUGAGGCGCCUGGGUCUAGCUGGAGAAUUUCUGCUUCUUGGCAGUGAUGGCUGGGCUGACAGGUAUGAUGUGACGGAUGGAUAUCAGCGAGAAGCUGUUGGUGGAAUCACAAUCAAGCUCCAAUCUCCCGAUGUCAAGUGGUUCGAUGAUUAUUAUCUGCAGCUACGGCCAGAAACAAACCUCCGAAACCCUUGGUUUCAAGAGUUUUGGCAGCAUCGUUUCCAGUGUCGGCUGGAAGGGUUUGCACAGGAGAACAGCAAAUACAACAAGACCUGCAACAGUUCUCUGACUCUGAGAACACAUCAUGUUCAAGAUUCCAAAAUGGGAUUUGUGAUCAAUGCGAUCUACUCCAUGGCCUAUGGCCUUCACAAUAUGCAGAUGUCCCUCUGCCCAGGCUAUGCGGGCCUCUGUGAUGCAAUGAAGCCCAUCGAUGGACAGAAACUUUUGGACUCCCUGAUGAAAACCAAUUUUACUGGGGUUUCCGGAGAUAUGAUCUUAUUCGAUGAGAAUGGAGACUCUCCAGGAAGGUAUGAAAUAAUGAACUUCAAGGAAAUGGGAAAAGACUAUUUUGAUUAUAUCAAUGUUGGAAGCUGGGACAAUGGAGAAUUAAAAAUGGAUGAUGAUGAGGUAUGGUCUAAGAAAAACACCAUCAUCAGAUCCGUGUGCAGUGAACCAUGUGAGAAAGGCCAGAUAAAGGUGAUCCGGAAGGGAGAAGUCAGCUGUUGCUGGACCUGUACACCAUGUAAAGAGAACGAGUAUGUCUCUGACGAGUACACCUGCAAGGCAUGCCAACUGGGGUCCUGGCCCACCGAUGACCUUACAGGUUGUGAGUUGAUCCCAGUACAGUACCUUCGCUGGGGUGACCCCGAGCCCAUCGCAGCUGUGGUGUUUGCCUGCCUCGGCCUGCUGGCCACGCUGUUUGUCACCGCGGUCUUCAUCAUUUACCGCGACACCCCCGUGGUGAAGUCCUCCAGCAGGGAGCUCUGCUACAUCAUCCUCGCUGGCAUCUGCCUGGGCUACUUAUGCACCUUCUGCCUCAUCGCCAAGCCCAAGCAGAUUUACUGCUACCUUCAGAGAAUCGGCAUCGGGCUCUCCCCGGCCAUGAGCUACUCCGCCCUGGUCACCAAGACCAACCGCAUUGCCAGGAUCCUGGCUGGCAGCAAGAAGAAGAUCUGCACCAAGAAGCCCCGGUUCAUGAGUGCCUGCGCCCAGCUGGUGAUCGCUUUCAUUCUCAUCUGCAUCCAGCUGGGCAUCAUCGUCGCCCUCUUCAUAAUGGAGCCCCCCGACAUCAUGCACGACUACCCGAGCAUCCGGGAGGUCUACCUGAUUUGCAACACCACCAACCUCGGGGUCGUCACUCCCCUCGGGUACAACGGGCUGCUGAUCUUGAGCUGCACCUUCUACGCUUUCAAGACCAGAAAUGUUCCGGCGAACUUCAACGAGGCCAAGUACAUCGCCUUCACCAUGUACACCACCUGCAUCAUCUGGCUGGCCUUCGUGCCCAUCUACUUCGGCAGCAACUACAAGAUCAUCACCAUGUGCUUCUCCGUCAGCCUCAGUGCCACCGUGGCGCUGGGCUGCAUGUUCGUGCCCAAGGUGUACAUCAUCCUGGCCAAGCCCGAGAGGAACGUGCGCAGCGCCUUCACCACGUCCACCGUGGUGCGCAUGCACGUGGGGGAUGGCAAGUCCUCCUCCGCCGCCAGCAGGUCCAGCAGCCUCGUCAACCUGUGGAAGAGGAGAGGCUCCUCGGGGGAAACCCUAAGGUACAAAGACAGGAGACUGGCCCAGCACAAGUCGGAAAUAGAGUGUUUCACCCCCAAAGGGAGUAUGGGGAAUGGUGGGAGAGCAACAAUGAGCAGUCCUUCAGGAUUUAUCUCUGCGAUAUUCAGCUCCAACGGGAAGUCGGUCACGUGGGCCCAGAACGAGCGCAGCGGGCGCGGGCAGCACCUGUGGCAGCGGCUGUCCAUCCACAUCAACAAGAAGGAGAACCCCAACCAGACGGCGGUCAUCAAGCCCUUCCCCAAGGGCACGGAGGGCCGCGGCCUGGGCGCGGGCGGCGGGGCCGGGGGCGGCGGGGGCGCGGGCUCCUGCGCGGGGGCCACGGGCAGCAGCGGCACCAGCUGCACCCCUGCGGGCCCCGGAGGCCCCGAGCCCCCCGAUGCCGGCCCCAAGGCGCUGUACGACGUGGCGGAGGCCGAGGAGCAGCUGCCCGCGCCCGCGCGCCCGCCCUCGCCCUCCAUCAGCACGCUGAGCCGGCGCGCGGGCCCGGCCGGCCGCCCCGACGACCAGGACGCGCCGCCGCCGCCGCCCGCGCUGUCCUCGGAGCCCGCGGCUCGCGGCGGCAGCAGCAGCAGCAGCGCCUCGCAGGGCUCGCUCAUGGAGCAGAUCAGCAGCGUGGUGACCCGCUUCACGGCCAACAUCAGCGAGCUCAACUCCAUGAUGCUGUCCACCGCCGCUGCCCCCGCCCCCGGGCCCGGCGCUGGCGCCCCGCUCUGCUCCUCCUACCUGAUCCCCACAGAGAUCCAGCUGCCCACCACGGUGACCACCUUCGCCGAAAUCCAGCCUCUGCCCGCCAUCGAGGUCACGGCUGGGGGGGCGCAGCCCGUGGGAGCAGCAGCGGUGGCCCCUCCGGCGGGGGGCGCGGCCCCGGAGAGCCCGGCGGCGCCAGGGCCUGAAGCUGCGGCAGCUGCAGCGGGCAAGCCGGACCUGGAGGAGUUGGUGGCCCUCACCCCGCCGUCCCCCUUCAGAGACUCGGUGGACUCGGGGAGCACGACCCCCAACUCACCAGUGUCCGAAUCCGCCCUGUGCAUCCCGUCGUCUCCCAAAUAUGACACACUGAUCAUCAGAGAUUACACGCAGAGCUCCUCGUCCUUGUGAAAAGUCAUUGGAAACCAACCGCACUGGGUUCUCCUCCCCAUGCAGCCGGGCCGCCCGCGUGCACGUGUCCCCACGCGGUGACAGGUGCCGUCGCCUGGUUUGAGGUCAGAGGUAGAAGAUGGGGAUGUAAAAAAAAGCCGCCCUGGAGACGACGUGAGAUGCACCAGUGCUAUUUCACAUCGACCCGACGAAGACACCACCAACGACAAAUCUUUCGGCAGAUUUUCUUCUAGUGGCCUUAGAAAACAUGGGCUUUUAAGAAACACUGCUGUUUUUUUGAGGGCUGGCAGGAGUCUGCUAAAAAAAAACAAAACAAACAACAACCAGUUACCUACCAAGUGCUUUGCUCUAGGGAAGCAAAGAGUGUGAAACAGCAUCACGGAGGGGGAAAAGGCAUAGCUGAUCAGCAACUGUACAGAGUUCUGUUUUGUUCACUUUAGUUCUUUUCCCAGAAGAGUCUUGGAUUCGCCAAACAUGAAUGUACAUUUUCUAACAAACUGGAAAUCUGGGACCAAAACGUCAACCCAUCUCCUGUUUUGUUUGUUUGUUUCUCUUUUCUUUCUGUUUCCUCCUCCCCCUUUUCUUUUAAAGACUUUGAAAAGCAGUUCCUUGAGCCUGGCAUUUACUGAGGCUUAGUGAGUGUGUCUGAAGCAUAACACACAAUCAGAUCAUGAGUGGUGAGCUGAUAUAUGUAGGGCUUUUCAUCAGAGACUUCCUUCCCUCUCCAAUUUAUUUGUGAAACCCUCUUCCAAAAGCCUGCAUCCGAGAUUCCAUCUAGUUAUUUUAAUUCACCUCCGUUGACCAAGAAAACCAGUGGAAGAUUUCUUGACUAUUUCACCAUGUUGCCAAUCAAACCUGGAGUAGCAAAAAAUAUUUUCUGGAAUACUGUUUUGUAAUUCCCUUACUGGGGUGCGUUGUGUAGCUGGAAAUGCUCUUUAUAACAAUCCUUCUUAAGCUCCAGCUUGGCUAUCUCUUUCAUGAACUGUGGCCACUCCUCCUUAUGAAUGCUGUUCCGUUAGUAUUGCCAGCUAAACUAUUAGCAUAUGCAUUUGGGCUUCUUCCUGCCUUUCUUUUGAGAACCUGCUGCAGAAAAAAGAAAAAGAAAAAAAAAAAAGCUCCUCUGUUCUUUUCAAGUCCCACCACUGGAAGAAGAAUGAUCCAAAGACCCAAUGAAGACAUUGUCACGAUUGGAGGCACUGUUGUUCAAAAAUUAACACCGUCUGAAUACACUGGAAAUGUUAAACUGUGUCAACUCAGCUUAGCAGAGAUUUAGCCAUGCCAGUGAGCAGUGAUUUUAACUUUUCUUGGCUGCUGCAAACAGGGCAGCUAUGAACUAUGACAAAUGUAGAUUUUUCAAAGCAAUACGGAAUACUAAAACAGAGGAACCUUAAUGAAAACAAACCACACAGUCUUUCUUAGCCAUUCCAAAAAGAGGCAAAACAAUUAUGACUAUUUUCCUUUUUAAAGUGAUUAUUAGUAUCAUUCUGUGCAUUUCAUACAGUCACUUUUUAAAUACUGCAGAAAAGAGAUUUAAAGUUAUAAUAGAAACACACAUGCUCUAAUAGGCUCACAUAGAUAGAAUUCACAGCUCAAGACCUGCAUCCACUGUCAUCUCUUUCUUCCUCCCAUUACAGCUAUCCUCAGGUGCCAAAUGUUUUUGAUUUUUAAAUAAGGAUAGUAAUAAAAGGAGGAGAUGUCCUAUAAAUUUCAAGUUCAGUUGACCCAGCCUUAUACUAAAGGUAGCCUUAUGAAAAAGUUUUUCUGUGAGGCAGAAGUACAUUUUUGGCAGAGAGAAAAAUAGGUAAAACCUUUUUUUCUUUUGCUCAAUAUCCUUAUUUGGUAUGUUUUCUUUUUUUUUUUUUUUCACAUCUACUUUUAAAAAAGAAUUCAGAAAUAGAAAUAUAUCAAUUGACCAUAAUUUAUUGUUCUCCACUUUUAAAAACUAUAAUAAAUAUUCUGGACUUCCCUUUCUUGGUACCUGUUUUAGUGUUAAAUUUUAAAUCAAAUCUCCCAAUAUAAAAUAUUCAAAGCUAGCAUUAAUUUACUCAAAUAUAAAUUUAAAACUUCUAACAUCCUAUGACUAAUUUGAAAGAGCAUCAUCAGAGCUCUCAGAUUCCAAAUAUGAUAUGAGACCCUUGAAAGAGAGUGAACCUAGCUAAAUUUUAAGGUAUCAUGGAAAGUAUGCCUCUACUCUAAAAACAAAUGUAAAUAUCUUGAAGUAUUAUUAUCCCUGGAUCCUCAUCUAAAGCGUGGCAUUCACCUGAGGAUUACUGUCUUGAUUCUUAGACAUUGAAACAUUUCUAAAUAUGCUUUACUAUCUAAGUUUUAAAAUGUCUUUCAUAAAACCCUAUUUUGAGUUCCAUUUUACUCUCAAGUAUAAUAAGUUUCACUGUAUUGACCAAUAGAAUGCCAUUUUUAAACUUCUCCAUUAUCAAAUAAUUUCUUUUUAGUAACAUAUUUCUUUUAAAAGUACAUUAAUUUAUUAGAAAUUAUAAUUUAAUGCAAAUAAAUUACCAGGUAAUAAUGCCACAUGAAAUUACAAUCAACUCUAAGAAAAAUAAUCUAUCCAAUUAGGGGACAAGAUGUAUUGUUCUCUGUAUUUCUAUACCCUGUGCCACUUCAUUCUAUACAUUGUAUAAUACAUAUUGUUAGUCGUAGUGCAAUCUUGAGAUUUUUUUUAUUUUGGAAUGAUGCUAAUUCUGUCUCUUUGCCAAUUCUCAUACCAGGUUCCAAGUAAUAAAUCUACAGUACAAAGAAAAAUGAAUAUUCCUUCUAGGGCUAGGAUGUGAACUUCGCAAUUAAUUUGGGUACCUAUCUUCAUUGAAUGUCCUUGAAAACAAUCUGUUCCUGGUGCCCAGUGAUAAUUCAGUUGGGACUAAAAGAAGGGGGAAAGUACAGCGAAAUGCUAAAGUUCAGAAAAGUGAUCCUCCAGGACAGUUUGGUUCCAGGAUGGGAGAAAAAAAAAAAAAAAAAAAAAAAAAAAAAAAAAAGAAGACCUAUUUUGAUCCAGUGAUGUGGACUAUCUAAGCAAUCUACCCAUUCUUUGAUUUGGGGAGACAAGUGGGGGGAGCCUGAGAAAAGCACAUCUGGAUUGGGAAGAACCAUCUGUCUAGAUUAGGGGGGAACAGAGAGAAAGGGAGUAUGGAAAGGAGAACCAGAAAAAAAAAAAUUUGACUGGAAAAAAAUAGCAAAGUCCCAACUGUUGCUAAACCUGGAUAGUAACAGUCUUUCCCAAGCUACUGCUGUUACCAGCACGUGGUCAGGAAGACUAGGAGCUGUGUCUGACUGUAAAUGAAUUGUAUAAUGGCUCUGCUACAGUUCUGUGACUUCCAAACCAGGAAUUAAAUGCAAACAAACAUUUUCUAUGUUAGUCUCCUAGCAAAAUGUACAUGUUUUGGAGACUUCAAAGGUAUUAUCUGAGUUCACAUUUAGCCACAGCUUAUUAAUAACCCUCAAGCUGUCAGUAUCUCUAUAGUUAACCAUUUACAAUUUUAUACUGUGAAAAAAUACAGAUCAGUGAAAAGCAUAAAGGUCAAUUAGAAUUCACUUUAAAGAGGGUCUGAGGCCUGGGAGAUUCUCUACUAUCUGUUGAAAAAUGAGGCAUGUAUAAAAUAGUUGGCUGAAUUUCACUGAUCUUCCCAAUGUGAACAAAUAUACUAUGUAUAUUGUGUGUAUUUCUAGAUUUCAAUGGCAGCUGCUGGUGGUGUUGUAAUUAGAAAUCUAUAUAGAAUAUAGAUGUUUUAGGAAGAUGGUGCCAAUCCUAAAAGAUUUGUGUGGGCUACAAGUGCUUGUACUUAAAUUUUUCUGCACUUAUAACUGAUUUGGUUUAAAAAAAAAUUGUGUGCGUGUAUCUGUUCUUUUUCUGUUGUUGCAACUUGUACUAUUAAAACAAUAGAGAAUGUUAAAUUAUUUUGAUGUGAAUUGCAAAUGAUUUUUUUCAUAAAAUUUAACAUUUUUAUCAGCAUUGUUUCGCUUUGUACUUGUACAAAUGUGUUUUAUUUUAGCAUUUUAAAAUACACUUGCCUGUUUCUCAGUUGUCUAAAUCA